AUGUCAGAGUCUGAAGAACUCUCAACACUGGAGUCCAAGCUGUUGGAAUCAGGUGUGGAAGUGUCUGAGUCACUGAGAGGGUUCAUUAUGGUUGGCGAGCAAGUGGAAGUGGGGAAACGGGAAAACUGGGUGAUUAUUCGACUGAGCACGUGUGCUGGGAGCACACUCAUCAUUUUCUUUCAAUACACAGCUGGUGUUACGGAUGAAAUUGCAAAGCCGACUAUCGAUUUUGGGACGUUCUGUGGGUGGCAAUCCUCCUACAAGUGGCAUCCUCGAGCAGCUGACUCUGGGGCUUGCGGUUUGAAGUGCAAAGGGCAUAUGCAAACGCCGAAAAGUACAAGUACUCAGUGA